UUUGUAAAUUUGAUUGAAUGAAACCUGAGAUUCAUUUGUGCACAACCAGUUUGUAUGUAACAGAUUCUGUUGUAAAACUACAACUAGUUCUGUAGUAGAUUUUUUGUGAAAUCUUUUUAAGAAUGGGUAAAAAGAAAGAUGCACUCAACGAAUAUCCCGGAGAAGAGGAUUUCCACGGCUUCGCCCACAAGAAGCACAAAAAGCAUAAGAAACACAAGAAAAGCAAAUCCCAGCCGCGAGCGCAGGCCCAGGACGAAGGAGACGAGGACGAUUACGUCCCAGAGGAUGUGGAACAAACGGUCGAAGUGAUGGGCGAGGUUGAAUACAUGGAGGCAGACCCGGAGCCGGAGAUUAUAGCCGAAAUCGAAACAACCGACGAACCGUCCACAUCCGGCAUCGAUCCCACCCUGGCCGCGGCGUUGUCCUCCCGGGACCACCCGGGCAAAUCCUCAAUGAAGCCCGCCACGAUCGGAAAGUCGGCAAAGAAGAAAAAAGGCAAAGGUGGUCGCGACAGCGGAACGUCCAGCGAUGAGGAACGCUGGCUGGACGCGAUCGAGUCCGGCAAGCUGGAAGAGGUCGACGACGAGCUGAAAAAAAUAAAACCCAAAGAUCCGAAGCUGAUGACCGCCCGCCAGCGGGCCAUGUACGAGCGAAACACCGACAAAGAUACAACGGCGGCGCCGGAGAUACUGAUGGCCCUGCCGACCGGCUACAAAGAGAAGGUCCUCACGGCGGAAGCCAUCCAGAAGGCUCAGCUAAAGUCACAGAAGCGCAAACAGCUGGCGGACGAAAAGCGCGAAAAGGACAAGAAAAAACCAUGGAAGACUGCUCAAAAGCAAGAAUCGAAAGCGGUCAAGGCCAGCAAAAAUCGACCCGCCAAGACGACGAUCCCGAUGAUCAAGUAUGUGACGACCGCCGACAGUGCGACCAUUUCACUGCCUCCGGGAAUGGACUUUCCACUGCAGCCCCAAAUCGGAAAAGAACCGCCGAAACCGAUCCUCUGCGGCAUGCCCAACUGCUCCAAUCUCAAACGAUACAACUGCUCCAAGACAAACGUACCACUUUGCAGCUUCCGCUGCUACAAAAUGAACGUAGACUCAAUAAAACAAAUCAUUUGCUAGUUCAAAAACCUGUA